AUGCAGCAAGCCAACAAAGCGCAGGAGUAUGUGCAGAACGACAUGACCGAGUUUCAGCAAGCCAUGGAGCAAGCCCAGCAGCGCUUGAAAACAGAGCUGCAGAGUCGCUUGGAGGAGAGUCGUGCAGCGCUCGAGAAGCAGACCCGAAGCCUGUGCGUCCUGCAGCACAGCCGCCAGGAGGGACAUGGCGUUGUUGGCUUUGGCUUUGGCUCAGCACCUGAGUGGUGCAUUGAGGAUCAGCGCUUUGGCUCGUUGGAGGUCGAUUUCGGCCGCAAACUCGAGCACUCGAGCCAUGAUACAGCGGCGAAGCUCUCCGGCGCCAAACGCUCUUGCGCGGAGUGCGGCAACUGCGCAUCCCGGGAAGGCUUGGAGGAAAGUGUUCGAUGGUUUUCGCUGAACAAUUCCCAAUUUACAAGGCAGGCUAACGAGCGUGAUCGCGCCAUUGGCAAGAUCAUGCAAGAUCCCAAAGACAUCGAGCAUGCCAUUGAGGGAAUGAAACGGGAGCUGGCGAAGGAGCAGUGUGGGCCGGCCAUGUGCUGGCCAUUGCGGUCCGACCAGCCAGUGGUGGAAGUGAACAUGGCUGCCCACUCAGCCACGAGCGCUGUUGAGGCCACCAAGGAGGCCCUUCAGGAGCAGGCCAAGCAGAAGGAAGAGCUUCUGAAGAACUUCGACACCUGGAAAUUGGAGGCGCUGGAGGAGGCGGCGCGGAGGGUCCUCGAAGCACAGGAGGUGGCCGUGGGAGAUCUCAUGAAGACCAUGGAUCGUCACCGUUACCAGACCAAGGAAGACACCUUGAAGACCAGGGAGGAACUUCUACAGGUCAUGACAAGCAACAACAAUCUCUUCGAUGGAAAAGUGGUGGAUUUGCAACAGCGGCUUCAGCUGCUGGCCAUGGAGGCUGGAAGGUCCUUGGGAGAUCUCAAUGGAGACUUGGAGCGUUUGCGACGUGGAGAUUCCACUCUGCAGGAGAGCACCUUGGACUUGACCUUACCCGGGCUCCGUGACCUCCGCGGCGCCGUCACCGAUGAGCAGAAGCGCCGCCAUCAGGAGGCACAACGGCUCGGGGAGCGGCUGCAGGAGCCCGGGGAAGGAAGGCUUUCACAAUAUCAGGAGCGACGCUUCCCACCGGGCGACGAGUCCGGAAGACCGGUCCCGAAGUUCGGGAGGGCGGUUGGAGAGGCUGCGUUGGUGGAUGACCUUGAUGAGCCAAGUCAUGAGGAGAAGGUCUCCUUCACCGUGCUUGAUGGUUUGAAGGGCUGCGAGGUUUGCUACGUCGUGCGCGAUAGCCCGAAAAUCGUCGUCCUGCAUUGCGUCCUGUGGCGCAUCGGCGCAUCGGGAUGCGUCGCCCGUGAUAGAAUGCCCCUGUGGUUGUUUGGUUAG